AUGGAUCGCGGGGUCAUUAUUGAAAACCCCUAUGCUAGUGUGAACAUCCCCCGAGCACAACUGAAGGACGGUUUCCUGAAGUACUAUUUGGGCGAUGACCUGACUCCGGACACUGUCCUCUUCAACCCCAGCACUCUGCCCACUUAUACAGUGGCCCAGGAGAAGGAGAAUGACUUGAGGCAGCAGAAGGCCUAUGCUGGGUGGGGUGAUCAGAAGAUCCAGACCCACGAGACGUGGUCCAGCCCAUAUAAUCCCUAUGCCAGCCUCAAGAUGCCCAGCGGAAGCUCUUCAGAACCGUUCCACUGGAAGAGUCAAGAGGAAGCGACGACAGGGGGCAGCAACACGGGAUGCUGUUGCAGCUGCUGCAGGAAGUGUUGUCCUUGCUGUCGGAAAUGCUGUUGUGUCAUUUCCUAA